UUAGGGUUAACAGAGCAACCCCUCCUUCCCGUCAGAGGCCCCAAAAUUGCGCGGCCCGGCAGCGGACCCUUCUGGGGAAACCAACGUCAUCGUCUCAAGUUCACAAUCCAGAACGACUUCAUUCUCGAUAUCUGUAAGUGCACACCUCACAUUGGCCCGGAAGUAAUUUCGCACCAUCCCCCUCUUUUCCAACCACUGCCGAACUGUGUGUUUCGGACCUGCUCCGGCCCAUCGAGACCUAGCAGCGGCCAGCGGGUAUUAUCGGAGCUGCACCGGCGUGUCUUCCGUGCAUCUGAUCCCGCCACCUUAAGUGGCCUCUCACAAGUGUGACUAAGACCUGGACUGCCUCUAUCAAAAUAACUUUUGCAGCCAUCGAAUUACAUCCCCAAAAAACAACCACUCACCAAUUGCAGAUCCAGGACUCGACGCAACCAAAAUAAUCGCCCAUCAUGAUUGACAUGGCUCUCGACCACGGCUCGCUCGAGCAUAUCCUCCCCGUCUCGUGGAAGUCCCAAAUAACAGCCUGGCUCGCCGAGGACACCCCUUCGUUCGACGUCGGCGGCUUCGUCGUCGGCGACGCGCCGCGCACCGCCACUCUCUGGGGCAAGUCACAGGGUAUCCUGGCCGGCGUGCCCUUUUUCAACGAGGUGUUCAAGCAGUGCGGCUGCACCGUCGAGUGGCACGCGAACGAGGGCUGCCACGUCGAGACUCACGGCGGAAAGAAGGCUUUGGCGACGGUGAGCGGCCCCGCGCGCGGCCUGCUCGAGGGCGAGCGUGUGGCCCUCAACAUCCUGGCCCGCUGCUCCGGCGUGGCCACCCAGAGCCGGCGCCUGCUGGUGAACCUGCGCAGUGCCGGGUACAAGGGCAUCGUGGCGGGUACUAGGAAGACCACUCCCGGAUUCCGCCUUGUCGAGAAGUACGGCAUGCUCGUCGGAGGAGCCGACACCCACCGCAUGGAUCUCAGCACGAUGACCAUGCUCAAGGACAACCAUGUGUGGAGCCGCGGCAGCAUUACCGAGGCUGUCAAGGCGGCCAAGGCGGCUGGUGGCUUCAGCCUCAAGAUCGAGGUUGAGGUGCAGAGUGAGGAGGAGGCCGACGAGGCGAUUGCUGCCGGUGCCGACAUCAUCAUGCUGGACAACUUCACUGGUGAGGGCGUCAGGGUGGCGGCUCGCAGCCUGAAGGAGAGGUGGGCCGGCAAGCAGCAGUUCCUGCUUGAGGUUUCCGGUGGUUUGACUGCCGACAAUGCCGAGUCCUACAUCUGCCACGAUAUCGAUAUCCUUUCGACAAGCUCCAUCCACCAGGGUGUACCGCACGUCGACUUUUCGCUCAAGAUCAACGUUGACAAGGGCACCGGCCCUGAGAUUUCGAGCUAAAAAACCAUGUAAUGAGUUUUUGAGUGUACGAGUUAUUGGUAUGAUACUUCAAGAGUCAGGCAUGUAGUUAUGCCCGACGUUGAUGAGCUGGCUGUGAUAGGCCAAUUCGACCACUGUGCGUGAUGCGAACUCGGAGGAACUGGAGUCGCACAACAGGAGAAGAACUCCAACCGCGUGUUAUCAAAAAUGUCAUAGACAGACGUUCAGUAAUCAUAUUACAUCUGGUGUGUACACUACUGCUUUCCGCAUUUCCAGUUUCUUAAUGGUAUCAUUGUGGCCGCUG